ACAUAGCAGCGGGUUCAUAAAUGCCUUCCAUGAGGGUAUGACUGUACAGCAUAGUUGCUGAUGAUCUAGCCCGAGUCGAACUGGUUUUAUUUGUCCUGAAUAUAUGAAAAGUAAUGCCGAAUGAGAAAAUAAUGAUGACGAUUACAUCAGACUCAGAUUUCAUAAAACAUAAUUCUGUCAGAUCGACGAACAGUAGCUGUUUUAUCUGUCUUAAGACUAUUGAUAAGCAACGGUGCAAAAUCUACAACAUUGACAGUAGUGUACAAACGAGAUUAGUUGCUCAAUCCGUGAGGUUUAGUCACUGAAAGGGGUGUAUUUUUCACUAGCAGCUUUUGAAUGAUGUGGUCUACAAUUGUGACUAUUACUCUUUUUGGAUUUGGUUUUAAUUAUUUUCUUAAUUACAGAGACUGGCUGGAUUGGGAAAAAGACCUAGUGCUUAGUAUAAAUCCUGGAUCCUGCAAAACUAUCAUAAAAGACGGUGGAUCAGAAGAUGUUACUCAUAUUGGAAACGGUAUUGUUUUGAUGUCAACGGGUUUUGAAUUUUUUGGACCGCCUGGACAAAUCAAAGCCGUUGACUUGAAUAAUGGAAACAAGGUGAUGACAUUAAAUAUGUCAAAUGUACCAUCAAGGACAGACUUCUUGUCGGCGCCUCAUGGAAUCACCACUUGGCGGGAUCCAGAUACAGACCAGCUGUUUCUGUAUGUGAUAUGUCACCCAAAGCCAGAAGAUCGAAUAGAAGUAUUUGAAGUCCUCAAGCCUCUCACCUUGAAAUACAUACGGACAAUAACAGACCCGAAGUUUGAUUUUAUGAAUGAUAUGGUUGCCGUUGGAAGAGACAAGUUCUACAUCACAAAAUUCGCCCGUUUUCGUGAGUACAAUCGGUACAACUUAGAGAUGUUCAGUGGCAUGAAGUUUGGCGGGAUAUUUUAUUAUGAUGGUCACAAGGCUCGAGAGGUUGCUUCAGGUUACUAUAUGCCCAAUGGAAUCAACAUCUCACCAGACAAAAAGGUUGUGUAUGUCGCAGAAUGGGGAACAAAGACAUUAAGAGGUUUCCGGAGAGACUCGUCAAACAACCUUGCCGAAAUCUGGAGCACAUACACAGGAACUGGUAUUGACAACAUUGAGGUUGACCCUGAUACUGGAGAUCUCUGGAUUGGCAGCCAUCCCAUAACAUGGAAAAUCAUUGACCCAUUCUUCGGCAGUCUUCCUCCAGGACAGGUGGUUCGAGUAAAGAUGCAAGAUAAUGCAGUGUCGGAAAUCGAAAUCAUUUACCAAGACGACGGAACAAAUUGUGCCGGAUCAACUGCAGCUACCUAUGCCGCCGGGAAAAUGAUUGUUGGAACAGUUAGAGAACAAACCGUUGUUUGCGAUGUUAAAUAUUUAACACCAAACUAAAGUGCUUGUGUCUGUUGUAUUUGCAGAGACUUCCUGCACGCAUGCGCAACUCAUUAGAUUAUAGAUCUUAUAAAAGCAAUUUUAAGUAUGAAUUUGUAAACCUGAAUCUAAGAUUUAGAACUAGUUCAUAGUUACGGACUAAGUCGAGUACGUUAUAUAAUUAUGUUGAAGAUGUAUGAAUUAUUUUGCUAUGAUUAGAUGUAUCAGGUAUUCUAAUUUACAAAUAAAAUACGAUGCAAACUCUGUGUAACAACAUUGAUGGGAUGAAUGAACUGUACAUGUUGUUCAUGUUAACCUAAAGCAGUUCGAUCUCGUUGAAAUAUGACUGGCUGAUGAUGCUAUAUGGGAUAUUAUUAACAUUUCUUAAAUUUGACCGAAAAUGAUUAGUAGAAUGUUUCGAAUGUUCAUGCAUAAAAAAAUCAACCGAAAAGCUUCCUUUAGAUAUGGCCUAAGAAACAUUAAAUUAAAUCUAUUCUGGAAUUCAGACCAGCUCUCUACAAAGUUAGGGUGGACGCCUUUGUCUCGCAACUACGGUAUGAACUAUGGUCAAAGUAAUACUUUUGAUCAGAAAAAGCCUCUGAUUUAGGAUAGGUUUUCGUGACAAAGUGAAACAGUUUGUCAAAAUGGGCAUUGUGAUGAGCCAGAUAUAGUUUUAUUUUAUAACGAGGGUCUGUGUACUUUGUAUUGAGAGAGGCUAACCUGCAGAUGUUGUUACUGUGGAGAAGCUGAUUGAAAGUAUUACUUUAUUUAGUGGAAGUUCAUCAUCUCGUUUUGUAAGUAAUAUAUUAUCAAGAAAAAAUAAAUACAUCGUGAAUAUA